AACGCGAUGUGGCAACGCCAAUGUUGUUUUUGUUUGCGUCCGUUUUUUUGGGCCCUUUUAGUUAACGUUAUUUAUGAAAAAUGCUAAAACAUUAGUAUUAAUAUGAAUUUGAACGACUCCACUUCACAACUGACUGUAAAUAAGACAAAACAUAUGCACACGCACAUCUAUCUAGUACAGUGACACAAACAAAUCCGCGUCUGCAACCACCUGUACACACAAACAAACAACGCAGCAUUAGACACGUAUCAGUCGUAAAUAUGUUGCAGCUGCAAAGAGUGCCACAAUAUUUAUGGCCCAUAUGCGUGCAUACGGCUUUAAUCGCCACACUGGUCACGAGGUCAACCACAGCCACAUCAUCAUCAGAUUAUUUGGUGGGCCGCAACAAGACCGUGUACAAUCCCAGCCAGCUGUCCGAUGGUCAAUUUUUGGAGUAUAGCAACCUGUCGGACAAACAACAUCUGCGUGAAGCAAUUAAAAAUAUACUUAUACCUCGAGUUGUGGGCACGCCAAAUCACGGAAUUGUGCGUCAGUAUAUUGUGCAGAGUCUACGCGAUCUGGACUGGCAUGUGGAGCUGAACGGUUUUCACGAUAACGCUCCCAUUUUGGGCGCGUUGCAUUUUACCAACAUAAUUGCGACACUGAAUCCGAACGCCGAGCGUUACUUGGUGCUGGCCUGUCACUAUGAUAGCAAGUAUAUGCCGGGUGGUGAGGAAUUUGUGGGCGCCACCGACUCGGCUGUGCCCUGUGCCAUGCUCUUGAAUCUGGCGAAGGUGCUGCAGGAACAGCUGAAACCACUGCAGAGCUCUAAGCUGAGUCUUAUGCUGCUGUUUUUCGAUGGAGAGGAGGCGUUCGAGGAAUGGGGUCCCAAGGAUUCUAUAUAUGGUGCCCGGCAUUUGGCAAAGCUCUGGCAGAAGGAGGGCAAAUUGGAUCGCAUCGAUAUGCUGGUGCUGCUCGAUUUGCUGGGCGCACCAGAUCCCGCCUUCUAUAGCUUCUUUUCCAACACCGAGCAGUGGUAUAUGCGUAUGGCGGAUCUGGAAACACGUCUGUCAGAGCAGCAUCUAUUCGAGCGUUAUGUGAACAGCGGCGUUGCACGACGUGAUCCUUCACGCUACUUUCAGCCUCAAGCCUUGAGGAACAGCCAGGUGGAGGACGAUCACAUACCGUUUCUGCGACGCAACGUGCCCAUUCUUCAUCUAAUACCAAUGCCAUUUCCCAGUGUGUGGCACACAACAGAUGAUAACGAAGGUGUGAUCGAUUAUGCGACCACAAACAAUUUAGCGCUGAUUAUACGGCUCUUUACACUGGAGUAUCUGUUGGGUGGCACAAAAGCAGCAUGAAAUCCCUCACAACUAUGGAAAGCCUUAUCAUCCUGACCUGUCUGAUACGCGGUAUCGUUGCUGUGGCAAAUAAUACAAUGGAAAUGUUAAUUGUUUACCUAUUAUUA